UCUGGCUGGAUUAGGAAGAGGAAGAAAAGCCUUUGGGGAGAAGGGGGGGGGACAGAAGGGGGCCCACGUGGUCCCCUUUGCAAAGCUGGCCCCAUCUGUCAGCCAGCGACCCACUCUCCCCAAGAGUCCUGGGUGCCUUCCUCCCCUCCCAUUUGCUCAGAGCAGGAGAGAAGGGCAGCCUGUGGUCCCUCGGCCUCUCCGCCUGCAUCCCUCCCUGAGCAUCCUUCUCCCUGGUCCUCCCCGCUCUGCUGCCGCCGCCCCCCCUCGGCCGAAGUGGGCGGGGCUUGUCAUGCAAAUGAGUCCCAGCUCUAGUCUCCCCAGAAGUGGGGCGAAGGCAGCCCGGCGGGACAGAGGCUCCCCGGGACCUUGGGGGAGCCCCGCUUCCUAGCCCCCGACUCCCCUCUCAGAGCAGCCUUGUAGCAUCCUUGCCUCGCCUCUCUUCUCUCCUCUCUCUGGGCUCAGAUCUAACAGGGACCUUUUGGGGAUCCCCCAGCACCCCCCCCAAAAAAAAGCAAGCCCCAGCCAUGCAAGUCUCGAUCGCCUGCACGGAGCAGAACCUCCGGAGCCGGAGCAGCGAGGACCGGCUCUGCGGGGGCGGCGGAGGGGGCUCCCGGGGCCAAGGCCAAAAGGGCAAGGGGGGCUACGCGGGGCCCCCCGGCAAAGGAGCUCGCCUGGCCCUGGGACCCCGGGCCCCUGGCCAGAACUUGCCCCACAUCGCCUUCCUCCUCCGGGAGUCCACCGGCAGAGCCACCGGCAUGAACUACAGAAAUCUUGGCAAAUCAGGACUCCGCGUUUCCUGUCUUGGACUUGGUACCUGGGUGACCUUUGGCUCUCAGAUUUCAGAUGAGAUGGCCGAAAAUGUGCUCACCAUUGCUUACGAGAACGGGGUCAACCUCUUUGACACGGCUGAGGUCUACGCUUCUGGCAAAGCAGAAAAAACCUUAGGGAACAUCCUGAGGAGCAAAGGAUGGAGGCGUUCCAGUUAUGUCGUCACCACUAAAAUUUACUGGGGAGGCCAGGCUGAGACAGAAAGGGGCUUGUCGCGGAAACACAUUAUUGAAGAGGACCCCAGCAUCUCAUAUCGCUUCUUGUUGGCCUCCCUCCUCCAGGGAUACCAGUGGCUGAAAGAGAAGCUGCAGAGUGAAGACGGGAAGAAGCAGCAGGCGAAAGUGAAAGAACUCCACCCGAUCGCAGAACGCCUGGGCUGCACUGUGGCACAGCUGGCUAUAGCCUGGUGUCUCCGCUCUGAAGGGGUUAGCUCCGUCCUCCUGGGGGUCUCCAGCACCGAUCAGCUCAUUGAGAACUUGGGAUCUAUUCAGGUUCUAACCCAACUGACACCCCAAGUUGUCCAGGAAAUAGAUGCACUCCUGGGUAACAAGCCCAAUACGAAAAAAGAGUCCCGGGCGUAGGGACACAUUGGCGCCCGGGACUGUGCACGCUUUUGUCCCAACAGACUGCAAACCCCUCUGCUCCUCGAUGGGGGGCACCUGUGCCCCCCUCACCUGCCUCCCCCACUUAUGCUCUCCCACCAGCUGCUGCCUCUUAAUUCGGUGGGGGUGGGCAUCAAGGGGCUGCUUUGCGCAUGAACCAAAUAUCCAUAUACUUCCAACGGUGGAUGAAGUGGGGUGGGGGGGCGGGAUUUGGGGUUACUCUGCCCCACGGCAGCUGCUUAGAGUAUACAGUACAACUAUAUGGCAUGAGCAACUCAGCUAUGGGGCUGGCGGGUGAGAGGCACCGCCUCCUGCUAAGGCCGGAACAAAUGGCCGCUUUGCCUCUUUUUCCGUCUCAAUAUGCCUGAUUCGUUUUUUGUUUCUUUUCAAAGGAGCAGGCACAGAGUAAGAAGGUGAAGGGAGGGAGAGUAGUCCAAACAAAAGAAAAGCACACAGCAUCCAUCCUUAAUUUAUCAUAAGCAGUGUCUUCUGCUCCAUUGCGGUAGUCCCAAUGGUGUGUGGAUGUGCUGAGUUACUCCAUCUAUGUGUGGGUUUAUUUUUAGUUUCUCGUGGUCACUUUUUGUUGUUCUUCCAUCUUUUCCACCUUCUUUGUUUUGUGAUCGUCCACAGAGGAGUUGCCAUAGAUACAAUCCGGUGGACAUUUCCCUGGUACAAGAAACAGUGAAGUGUGUGGGUGCUACAUGAAAGCACAGCAUCCUAAAUUAACAGGCAGGAAGGGCAACAUUUUGGGUUUCCUGCUGUAUGCAUCAAAAGCACAAGGCCAGUUUGGAAUGUAAGCUUCAAUUAGAGUAAAACAGGGGUUUAUCUACACUGUACAAUGAAAGCAGUUUCAUCUCACUUUAACUGCCACAGUGCCAUGCUAUGGAAAAUUAGGGAUUUGUAGAUUGCAAAGGACUUGAAUCAGCUGCUGAAGACUCUACGACAAUCCCAACUACAAUUUCUAAGGUUUAUUUAAUCCCCUGUCCCUCUUCUUAGGGUAUCUUGGGAACUGUAAUUCAAAGGAGUGCAGAGCCACCUUCUUCAAUAUGACAUUUUGGGCACCACAAUUCAAA